AUGCGGCACCAAUCCGUCACGAGCGAUGAUGGACCUGAGGCAAAUGUCGUCGGACCGCCGCCACUGGAAGAAUUCGAGGCUCAGGGAUGCGAGUUUUGGGGAGCGCUCGAGGAUGCCGGAGAGAUAAUGCGAAAGGCUACCAAGCAAGCUGGAAUCGCAGAUGUUGAUGGUAGUGAGAUGGUCGUGCUGUAUUCUGGGAAUGAUCCGGGACGGCAAUGCGUCGGAGUUAUGGAAGUCUAUAAGACGUGGCGCAAAUUCAAAACCGUCAAUAACGUCGACGUCUGGAUAAGAGGAGGAAAGAUAGAGGCGGGAAAGAUUUGGAAUGCGACCACGUAUUUGAGAAAGCAUGGGUACAAGAUCGGAAACGAGGCUGAGAUCAGCCACGGACCAGCGGUGGGAAUGGGCAAGGAGUAUUUGGAAGAGUGCCUUGAACUUCUCAUCCUCUUCUGA